GACCUGGCUGCUGUGCCUCGCGGCUUGUGCGCGCUUGUGGACCGCGCGGGCCUUCGGGAGAUCGGUGCGGAUCCUUGGGGAGUAUGGUUAUUAUUUUCUGCCACUUUUAGGGAUUAUUUAGGAGUUUCACGGCCUUCUGCUUUUCGUCCUGCCGAUUCAGCCGGGCCUUUAGGCCGUGUGAACUGUGAGUUGGAUGCAGAAGUUUCUAAAAAACUUGAGUAUUGAAAUUGGCUGUUGCAGCGGGGACGAAAAGCAACACCCCUGCCUCCCCCCGAAAGAGACAUGAAAGUAGUUGGAUUAAGGGCACGGGAGUAUUUGCUUUCCGAUUUAGUGAUAACAUGCAGGCCUAGGGUAGUCUCCUUUCUGGACUGAGAAGAGAAGAAUGGAGAAGAGCCCCUUCCCAUUAGUGCCUUUGCAUUGGUUUGGCUUUGGCUACACAGCAGUGGUUGUUUCUGGUGGGAUCGUUGGCUAUGUAAAAACAGGAAGGGUGGCGUCCCUGGCUGCAGGGCUGCUCUUCGGCAGCCUCGCUGGCCUGGGUUCUUACCAGAUGUCUCAGGAUCCAAGGAACGUUUGGGUUUUCCUAGCUGCUACAUCUGUUACUUUUGUUGGUGUUUUGGGAUUGAGAUCCUACUACUAUGGAAAAGUCAUGCCUGUAGGUUUAAUUGCAGGUGCCAGUUUGCUGAUGGCCGCCAAAGUUGGAGUUCGUAUGUUGAUGACAGCUGAUUAGCAGAAGUCAUGUUCCAGCUUGGACUCAUGAAGGAUUAAAAAUCUGCAUCUUCCCCUAUUUUCAAUGUAUUAAGAGAAAUAAGUGCAGCAUUUUUGCAUUUGACAUUUUACCUAAAAAAAAAAAAGACACCAAACUUGGCGGAGGGGUGGAAAAUCAGUUGUUACCAUUAUAACCCUACAGAGGUUAUAAAGAGGAUGUAACAUGAGCUUAUUGAGACCCUCACAGAGAUCGAUUCUUGUAUAUUGAUGUUCUCUUCUUUCUGUAUCUAUAGGUAAAUCUCAAGGGUAAAAUGUUAGGUGUUGACAUUGAGAACCCUGAAACCCCAUUCCGUGCUCAGAGGAACAGUGUGAAAAAAUAGAGUAUCUGUUCUUCUGUUCAUCUUAGACCACAGACUGACUUUGAAAUUAUGUUAAGUGAAAUAUCAUUGAAAAUAAAGUUUACUAUAAAUAAUA